CCGUUUCUACCGCGCUCGAACGCGAUCAUCGACAGUGACGUCAGCCCACCGCCUUCACCUGCCCCCGGCGGUUGGAAAAAUGUAAAGGCGUCUUCGCUUCCAGUACAACCUCAUCCUUCUACCCAGCGUAAAACCAAAACCCCAUCGCCAGUCUUUGACAACACACCCAAGUAUCCACGUAUACCACAGACUAAGAGCUUGGAAGACACUUCAGCUAAUAGGCGAACGAAGUUUAGCCAGAAGUACGAAAGUUCUUCGUCCAGCUCGCAGAGCCAGAGCCAGAGUCAGACCUCUCAACAAUUCCGUAGCUUAGAUAGUUACAUGCCCCGUUGUGCUAUGCCCAGACUCUCCGAAAACACAGACUCAUCAAUUGAUGUCUACGAAGACGCCGAUGAUGAAGAUAACAAUAGUUCUUCAAUUAACAUGAGCAUAACAACAAAACCUAUUGCUAUUCCAAUGAUGAGCAUUAACAACUCAAAGAUAUCUCCAUCAAGUAGAACUAGUCGACUCCCUUACCGGGCUGUGACCCGUAAAAGCCCAGUUGGAAGUGACACUAAACCAGCUUCACCCGGGUCGUCGAGUUCUUCAAGUCAGGAGUUUGUUCCAUCGAGAUCUCCGUCAGGAACAGCAAUGCGUAGGACACCUCCAAGGCAGUAUCAACAUCCACCACCCCAAGAGGACCCUAAAGUUCGCCGCUCGAGGAGUCUGCAGCUACCGGAUAAGAAAACAAACUUUUUGCCACAGCGCGUCUCGCCACAACAAGCAGACUCAACGUAUCGCGUAAUUAAAGUCCCACAGAGCACGAGCAUGGAUCGCUCCCAGGUGCCCAGGCGUACUCACAUGGAGGACGAAUUGAACGAGGAAAUGCUGCGGGAAGCUGAUAUAGUAACCGGGUACAUAUACGGAAGUCGCAGUCGUGCUGCAGCUCAAGCACUACUAAUGUCAAGAUAUGACAAGAAGGACCAGAAUGGUCACGGGUAUAAACCACAAACAAACCCGCCAAAAACCAUUCAAAGAGGAGCCACCACACCAACGAUCAACAAUCAAACCAGUAUGAAACCUGAGUAUUGGAAUACAGGUCAAUACACAUCAAGAGACCGUGAAGGGCCUAAUAUUCAAGGUCAAGCACCGCAGCCAAUGAUGAGGUCCUCACAGAGUUAUCCAACUCAUCAGAGGUCUUUGGAUGUUGAUGCAUCACGUGAUAGGAACAGGGAUCGAGAUCGUGAACGUGAUCGUGAACGCGAUCGGGAACCUUAUAAGAAACGAGUACCACGUCAAGAUGGUGUCCGUCGUGCUUCACCUAAUGAGAUGGAACCUCGACGCCUCUCGCCAAAUAUGCUGCAGGCAAUGGACGAGCGUCGUCGAAGCAGUCCUAAAUUUAAAAGCAGUUCAUCAUCAAGCAGCGAUUAUGCCGUAAUCAUUCCGGAGAAAAUUCGCGUGCCGCGCAGUGCGAAAAGUUCCGGGGCUUCGACGCCCCUUGAAGAUCCGAACCAUCUGAACGUGAACAAUUGUGCGCGCGGUGAAGUGAUCCUCACUCGGCCAGGCAGUGCGCCCGGGAAUCAACAGGCAUCGCACAAGGGCACGUUUUUGGAUAGUUCUCAGCGUUCCAUGUCGUUGCCAAAGUCAUUUUUAUCACAUCGACAAGGAGGUCAGUUUCCGUGGAGGCGUCGCGGCACGGAGAGUCUCGGUUCCUCGCCGGGUUUUCGACGACGUACGCCGAUCGAAACUUCGCAAACAGCGCCCGUCACGCCCCUACACGACGGCAAUCGAAGACGUUCGCCUUCUGGUGAUGGACGUCGCACCAAAGCGAAUUCGACCCCGCAGCUGAUUGACGCAAAGGAACGCGAUGGAAGGAAGCACAAGAACGCGAACAACACCGGCCAGACGCAGGCGAAGGAAAACCGCAAACAAUUUUCCGGUAAUGCCGAAAGUGUAUUGCAAAAAUUUCGCAAAACCUUCUCGCUGCGUUUCCAGAAAAGCAGCAGCAGGGGCAGCAAGGAUGGCGGCGGGGGGUCGGCGGACUUUGGUGAUAGCUUCGCCGAGCCCGGCGACCACCCUUCCGAGGAAGAGACCUCACCACAACGCGCCCAGCAGCCCGCCAGCACCAUCGACGCCAAUGUCUUUGAGCCCGUCGAACAAAAACACAGUAGGUUCGGUCCUUUAAUUUGGCGCUCGAGUAAAGAACGCAAGAAGAUGAACAAGGCGACUCGUAGUAUGAAGUGCAACAGUGGCGAUAGCGGCAUCCAGAUUGAGAUGGCCCCGGGAUGCGGCGGCAUCGGAGGCGACAAUAGCUCGGAGUCACACGGUGAAACAGACCCCCAGGGCGACGAUCUCGACAGUCCGCCGGCUGUCCGUCGACGCGGGGGCCAUGCGCGUUGUACCCCUCGACCCCACUCGGAUCUGCUCAAUCAGAUCCUCAUUGAUCGGUUUAAGGCUGAGCUCCGUACACGCGCCAACCGACACCAACACGUGAGGCGCACACAUUCCGACCUAGGCGGGCAACGCAUCUACCGUUGGGAAACCCGGUCUGCAUCGGGCCGGGGAACGAUGUCUUCGUCUCCGCGCCCUCAGAGCCCGCGCAAGAAGCCACCCGACGGCCCGCCGCAUGUGCAGAUGCGCAAUCAUCCGCUGUACCGUCGCGGACAGCUGCGUCGAUCAUUGAGCCAGCCGCUCGACAUCGACAAGUUGUCUCCCAUCAUGAAGUCCAAAACAGGCAUGAAGGUGAUAAGUGUGGCCAGUGAGGACGAAAACGACAUGCGCAUUGGUACAUCCGACGAGGAUACCAUGUCCGACUCCGAGUCUUCCUUGGCAUCUCUCAGCGAACGUAAAAAGUCUCUAGAGUUACCCAUGGAUGAAGACGUUGUUAUUCUAGCGGAAGCUGUCUUUGAUCACGUGGCUAUAGAUGCCGAGGAGUUGGCGUUUCGUGCCGGGGAUGUCGUGGAAGUGAUUGACACCAACAAUCGUGACUGGUGGUGGGGUUCGGCGGAUGGUAAAAGCGGGUGGUUUCCGGUUAACUCAGUGCGGUUGCGAGUAAGUCAGGAGGACACAGUUGAAGAUUGUCUAGCGUCAAUCGCAUCCGGUAAACCUGCGCCGAAUGCAAUCCGCCGUCGCACCAGCAUCUCAUUACUGAGCAACGAUCAAGUGCGGACUAGUGUUGUGCGCGAAUUGGUGCACACCGAGCGGGAUUUUGUUAAAGUGCUGCAGGAUGUUGCCGAGGGCUAUGUGGCCGAGUGCCGCAAACGCGAGGACAUGUUCACUAAAGAACAAAUUGACACAAUUUUUAUCAAUUUGGAGGAGAUACUCAAAUUUCAGACUGCGUUUCUCCGCGAUCUGGAGAGCUGUAUAGACUGGGAAGCACCGCACAAGAGCUGUGUGGGGAGCUGUUUCCUUAGGCACAAGGACGGGUUCAAAAUGUACUCGGAUUACUGUAAUAGUCAUCCGAUGGCAACCGCCACACUACAGGAGUUGUAUCAGUUUAAUAACUAUAGCAAGUUCUUCGAGGCAUGUCGGCUGAUGCGCGGGCUGAUUGAAAUUCCGCUCGACGGUUACCUUUUAACUCCGGUGCAGCGAAUAUGUAAAUACCCGUUACAGUUGGCCGAAUUACUUAAAUAUUCCAAGGCGGACCAUGCGGACUAUAACGACAUCAAAGAGGCGUUGGAGGCGAUGAAAGGGGUCGCUGUGUUGAUCAACGAAAGGAAGCGUCGGAUGGAGAGCCUGGAAAAGAUCGAAGCGUGGCAGCAACGCGUUGAAGGGUGGGAGGGCGAGGAUCUUAUUGAGGUGAGCACGCAGUUGAUUCAUCAGGGCGAAAUGGUUCGCAUGACGACUGGAUUGUGGACGUCUAACAUCAUGCUCUUCCUCUUUGAUCACCAGCUAGUCUAUUGCAAGAAGGACAUUCUCAAGCGGAAUACGUACAUGUACAAAGGUCGGAUAUGCCUGAAUACCGCCGAAGUGAUCGACAUGCCCGACGGGAAAGAUCCGCACCUCGGGGUGAAUUUGCGCCACGCAAUUAAGAUAUACAGCUUAAUCCGGGACAAAUUCCUGCUGGUGUGUUGUCGCUCCGUGUUGGACAAACAGCGAUGGUUGCAGGCGUUCGCCGAAGAGCGGCGACUGGUCAGCCAGGACGAAUGUGACGGCAUGGAUUUCCCAGCAUCCUCUCGACAUCUCGCGAAAAUUGCAGCGCGAUGUCAACGCCGACCACCACGCAAACUUAGAAAUAAAGAGAACUACAAACGUGAUGUGUUCCUCGGUUCGAGCCUGCAGCUGAACGGAGCGAACACGAAUUCGUUGGGACGCAAAGUCGGCACGUGGUUUACGUUCGGCGGCAAUAAGAAGACACGCCAUCGUGAUGUGUCCUGAGACAAGACGACUUUACUGUAGUACAUUGUGCCCGGCUCGUGAUACCGUAGUACAUAAAUCGUGAUAGGAUUCUGUGCCAAAAUGUCCGCCACUGCAAUGCGCUGCUGUAACACGCAGAAGUACUACGACUACGACACUACUAUUCUGCAAUAUCUGAGAGUAGCGAUCAAAACUUACGUUAGUGAUAUGAAAUGGCAACUGUUGCCGCGCUGUGGAUCGAUUUUCCGGUGGCCUACGUUUCGAUAUUUAUUACUACUUGGCCUACCGAACUCUUUUGUGGAUACGCGGCGCGCGUGUUACUGUUUGUUGCUGAACUGCGCACAAGUCAACAUUUUUCGAUUUGAAAAUUAUAUCUGUUAUUGUGAUAAAUGUGACCAACUAUUUGUACAUAAACUCUAUUUCUCAACGCGACGAGAACCGAGCGAGUAUUAGAACUGCACACCUUGUGCCCUAACUGACUUCGAUGAAACCACACAGGGUAGUAGAGACGUUGUUGCGUCCACACUUCACGAACACACGGCGUUAACGUCGGCAGUCUGCACAACAAACCAAGCUAGUCAAUGACCGAGAUGAAGUAUUCUAUUUACUGCGCAGCGCCCUCGCAAUUCGAAACACUUCUUAUUUAUUUGUUUUUUCUAGUGCUUCGAAACAUUGAGGAAAUAUCACUUUUCAUUCGGUGUACAGUACACUGUGUAUAGUAGUUGUAGCUGACCUGUUGAUAGUGUUAGAAAAGACCUAAUUUUUGAUAAUGGUGUUCCAUUAUUGUGACACGAUUUCGGUUGAAUUAUAUUUUUGUAUUUUUCCUACACGACCUGAUGUAAAGCGCACCGUUUUUUGGCGACCCACGGUGCGAUUGUUAACACGUAUUCAUAUCUGGUAUUAAAACAAAAAAAAAACUGUUAGUAGUUACAUACACUGUAAAUGUUAUUGUUAUAAUCUACGAAGAUUGGCAGUGCACGUGGCGCUCAAUUCCACGCUUGCCCCAGACAUUUGUUUACGUUGACACAAAGACAAUGAAGUUGUUGAUUAUUUCAUACUCGAAUUAUACAUAUACAAAUGCAGCGUUAA